AUGUUCUUCCGCCUCUCCACGUCCCUCCGCCUAUCCGCGCCCUUCCGCUUCGCCGCGCCGGUCGCCCACAUGCUUCUCCGCGCGCCCCUCAUCGCUCCCCAGGCGCUUCUCCUUCCACCUCGCUCCCCCUCGUCGCACGCCGCAUCGCACGGCCCCGUCGCUCGCUCUUCGCAGCGGAGCCUCGCGACCACGGCGACAGGCCACUCCGCUGCGGCGAGUAGCAGACGUCGCACGGCCGCGUGCGCUUGCUGUCUGCGCGUGCCCCCCGCCGCCCCCUGUCCCCUCUACUACUGCAGCCCUUGUGCCGCUCCCUGCCCCGACGCGGCCCCGUCCCUUGCGCUUCUUGCGCUCUCUUCCCCGCCGCGUCGCACGGACGCUCUCAGUGGCGGGGACAGGCGGCGAGGGGGUCGUGAGGGGAAAUGGCGGGGCGCGGGGAGGCAGUGCGGCGAUGCUCGCUUCGGGAGCAUGGGGGGAAUCGCACAAGGGGCAACGGGGUUUCGGCGGAGGACUCCCGCGCGCGAACCACGGCCGGAGGGCGCCGUGCUGCGCGGGGGGGGAGGCGGGCUGGGACCAGCGGGAUGGGGGGCCGUGAGGGUGCACGGCGCGCCUGGCGCAACGGGGGCCUCGGGACGGGCGGAUGGACCAAGCGAGGCAGGGGGUCGUGGCGCAAGGCGAGGAUGGGGCGGCGUGGUAGGGGGCGGCGGCGGGGGGGCCGUGCGGUGGUGCUGUGGGAUUCUGGACAACGUGCAGCCGGAGCGCAUGGAGCCGUUCGACGCCCGCCACGCGCCUCAACGGACCUGGCCGCCAGCUUCGGGUCGCCCGUGGACGUGCUGGCCUAUGCCAACCGCCACGCCUUUGAGCACGUCCCCGCCUGGCGGGGCGGUGGCACUGAGGAAGCACUUUGUGUCGCUGCACCAGAUGGAGCAUGAGAAGCGCAUGCAACACCUCAACCACGCCUCCCCCAAUGGCGCGCUCGCCACAGCCCCUCUUGUGCCCUUUCCCCUGGCCCCAUCACACCCCUGCCAUUACCAUCAUUUCUGUGCUGCUGCCCGCCCCCCCCUCGGUGCGUGCGAGCAGGCGGAAGCGGCGGCUGAGGGAGGAGUAUCGGGGCAAGCAGCAGCGCUACCAGCAGGCCGUGCGCGGCGUGCUGCUGCCCCGCCAACGGCUACGGGCUCAUGCCCGAGCUGCGCCGCGCUGGGGGUGGUCGUGCGCCUCGCGGCGGACGAGGCGUUGAAGCGGGACUUGGCGGCGGCGGUGCGCAGCGGGCAGGUGGGCGCCGUGCUGCUCGUGUCGGACGACCGCGGCUACUCGCGCGCCCUCGGCGCCGCCGCUGCUGCCGGCCUCCACCACCGUCGCUGUCGGCAUCAACGGGUCGCUGCAGCCGGCGGUGCACCGGUGGUUCUGGUGGGGCGAUGUGCUCUCGGGCCGCCGCCGUGGCGCUCGCCCGGGAGAGGCGGAGGGAAUGGCGGGCUGGGGGGGGAGGGGACGGGUGGCACGAGGAGGAGGGGGGGCGCAGGAUGGAAGGGCAUGCGUGGUGGCGAUGAGGGGGGGGGGGGCGGUGUGGGUGGUGGUGUGGAGGAUGAGGGAGGGGAGUGGGACGAUGGGGAGGAGUGGAUGGAGGAGUGGGAUGAGGAUGUGUGGGAGAGCCAAGGGGAGGAGGAGGAUGACAGAGAUGAUGGAGACAAGGGCUUCUCUCAUCAGGUGUUUGGAGGCGCUGGCGACGUGGCACGCCCACACGCGAGACCCGUGACAGCAGCGCUAAUCGACCUUCCCCUUUCUCUCUCCAUCGCUCACUGCUGCUGUGCCACCGCAAGGCACUGCCAGGCGCUGGGAGCGCUGGGAGGCCAUUGGAGAAGGCGUGGAUGCUGUGUAGAGGGAUACCUUAUGUGUGGCCUGUGUGCCGCCUAG